CUGAUUUCGAAAAAAUAAAUUUUUUUUGAAAAAAUCUUCCAUCAAAUUUUAUGUCCAACCGGGCUCUAAGUCUAUCACUUAUCAGUCUCAAAAUUUCAUUUUGGUAACUUAUAAGUAUAUCAAUAUCACAGUACCUUCUUCUUCUUCUUUAAACACAAUAGAGAGAAAAACCAAUGACUACAAAGUCAUUAAAUCCUUUUACAAUCUUGCCGGAGGGCUGCAUAUCAGAGAUCAUAUCAUUCACAACUCCGGCGGACGCUGCAAGAUCAUCGGCUAUCUCAAAAGGUUUCAAGUCUGCAGCUGAGUCUGAUGUCGUGUGGGAUAAAUUUCUGCCGUCCGAUCAUCAAGAUAUAGUUUCCACAUCAGUUUCUGUGGUUGUUACUGAUUGCAAAAAAGACCUUUACUUUAGACUCUCUCAUUCUCCUAUCCUUCUUCGUGAGGGCAGACUGGUAAUUUUUAGUUGCAUUUUAUUUGACCAGCUUGUCACGGGUUCGAACCGUUCAUUGAGUUUUUGGCUUGACAAAACAAGUGGGAAGAAAUGUUAUCUACUAUCUGCAAGGCGACUGGUAAUUUCCUUUUCAGACAUACAAUUAUUCUGGGAAUGGAUAUCUGACACUGAUUCAAGGUAUUUACUCUGCCUCGUUAAAAUAUAAAAUUGGUUACUCCAUGUGAUUUUCGAAUAUAUUUUAAAUGGACUUUACAAUUUACACUCUGACAUGCUCUGUUGAUAUUCUAGUAGAUGUUAGACUAUUUUGUUAUCCGAGGAAGGUAACAAGAAAUGUUUUACAACCGUAAUAAAGCAUAUCAAAAAUGUCUUUUGGGCCAGGACCGUUUGGUCCGGUUUUAGCGGGCCUGGUCCGGUCUUGUGAGCCGGUUCUAUGAUUUGGCCCGUCAGGUCCGGGACUGGCCCGGUCCUCUUAACGGGCCUAGCGGGCCCAACGGCUAAUUUUUUUUAAAUUUUUUUUUUUUUUAAAAAGAAAAGAAAACGUUGGACUAUAUAUACAUCUUAAGAUAAACUAAGUAUACUAGAUAUAUAUA